AUGCGCAUGAACACAAACUGUAUUGCGGUGAUAGUUGCUGCAUCUUUGUUAUGGUUAUUUUUUAUGGUGUCAUAUUCGGGAUUUCUCCAUGAAUCAGUUACGGGAACAGUGUCUUUACAUCAUCAUUACCGUUCAUUUGUUAACGGAGCUACAAGCACUCAUCAGACACCGUCUACAUUUUCUGAAAAUUCUGAUAAAAAUAUGAAUAAUGAUUUUAAUUAUGAAGAAAGUUAUAAAAGUGAAGAUAAUAAUGAUAAUACUAAUAAUAAUAAUAUUAAUAAGACCAAUAGCAUUAACAAAUUAUGGAAAGAAAUGCCAGAAGAACAAUUUUCUCUCAACAAAGCGCCAGAAGUUGAUCUCAUGAAAUUAUCUGUCAUCAAUAAUCAACAAGAACAACAACAACGUGAGCAAGGUUAUGAAAAAUAUGCUUUCAAUGAAUUACUAAGCAAAAGAAUUGGACCUCGACGAAAAAUUCCUGAUACUCGGCACCAUCUAUGCUUUAAUGAAAGCUAUCCAGAAGAAUUACCUAAAGCAAGUAUUAUCAUUUGUUAUUACAAUGAAGCUCCAUCAGCUUUAAUUCGCAUGGUUAACAGCAUACUGGAUAGAACGCCAGCAAAACUAAUAGAAGAAAUACUUCUUGUGGAUGAUUAUAGCGAUAUCGACAAGUUGUCCGAAUCAACGAUAAAUGCUUAUGCACACGAAAAUUGGAAUAAUGAAAAUGUGAAAAUGUUACGUACAAAACGUAAUGAAGGACUGAUAAGAGCACGGAUAUUUGGUGCAGAACAUGCCACUGGAGAGGUACUAGUAUUUCUUGACAGUCACUGUGAGGUUAAUGAACGAUGGCUAGAACCUUUGUUAGCACAAAUCGCUGCUGAUAAACACACAGUUACUUGUCCAGUUAUUGAUAUCAUCGAUGCUGAUACUUUGAAGUAUGUUGCAUCACCAGUAUGCAAAGGUGGUUUCACUUGGUCACUAACAUUUAAGUGGGAUUACUUUCCAUCAUCAUAUUUCCUUGAACCUAAACAUUAUGUACAACCAUUAGCGUCUGCAACAAUGGCUGGCGGUUUAUUUGCAAUUGAUAGAGAAUAUUUCAAAGAAAUUGGACAAUAUGAUAGAGGAAUGGAAAUUUGGGGGGCAGAAAAUGUGGAAUUUUCUUUCAGGAUUUGGAUGUGCGGUGGUCGUUUAGAAAUUAUUCCAUGUAGUCGAGUGGGCCAUAUAUUUCGUCCACGACGUCCUUACGGUUUAGGUGUUGAUUCGAUGAGUCGAAAUGCUGCUCGAGCUGCAAAUAUAUGGCUCGACAAUUACAUUGUAAGUUAUAACGAUCAGUUUUACGCAGCUAAACCUUAUCUGCGAAACAUGGAUAUUGGCGAUUUAACAGAAAUGAAAGCACUACGUCAAAAGUUACACUGUAAGCCUUUUUCAUGGUAUCUUCAAAAUAUAUAUCCAGAGUUACUGCCAGACAAUCAUCCCACAUUAGCGGAUAUAAAGAAGUCUAGCAUGCUCCGUGAACAAAAUAUCGCGAAAUACAAUAUAGUACUAUAUAACACAAAUCUAUGCCUCACCGCUGAAUCCACUAAUGGCCGUUUAAUACGUGGAAAUCGCAUAACAGUUGAUCACUGCCGUAAAGGAAAUCGUUAUCAAAGCUGGCGAUGGACGAAAAUUGGCGAAUUGCGUCCCAUGGGUUCUGCUACACUCUGCCUUGAUUCCCUUAAGGGAUUACGCCUUAUGAAGUGUCAUUUGCAAGGCGCUCACCAAGAAUGGUCUCGCAUGGGACGCAAAAUCUACAACGCAGCAGUUGGUCAAUGCAUAUAUAGCGAGAAUGAGCUUUCAAGUCUAAUCCAAAGUCGUUUCUGUUCUGUUGCAAGUGAUUGGGAAUUUCGGAUCAGCACUAUGACCACAUAA